AUGGUCGAUAUUAGUUACAUCUUCAUUAUUAUUGAAGAUAUCUUAUUAGCAAUAGCACUUCUAUUAACCUUAACAUUUUCAGCAUUAAUUUUAUUGAUUCCACAUCUUCGUCAUCGAAAUAACAUGAUUAUAAUUAAUAUAUGCUGUAGUAUAAUUGGCAGUUGUAUCUUUUUUUUCAUCUAUUUUACAAUGAGCUAUUUUGAUCCACAACAUUUAUUUACAUCACAAUUAUGUAUUCUAUUGUUUUAUGCAUAUAAUAUUGCUAGUAUAGGAGUGCCAUUUGCUUUUGUUACUUUUACUGUUCAUCGAUACUUUUACAUAGUAUAUCAUACGAAAGGUUUCUUUAAAACAAAACGAUGGGUUGUAAUAUGUAUUGCAGGUCAAUGGAUAAGUGAAUUUGUUAUCUCAUUACCAUUCGUUCUUCGACAAGGACCAUAUUGUAGUAAUUUAUUAUGGAUGCGAACUUACACAUGUAUUCUGGUUAUAGUAGUUCCGUCAAUGAUUACUAUUGUAUUAAAUGCUUUAAUAUUUCUUCAUGUUCGAUCAUCUACUCGUCGUGUUCAACCACAUACAAUGAGUACAACUACAAAUGGUGUUAUGAUGAAUCAGAAAACAAGAGUUGGCCGUCGAGAAAUUGCAUUAUUACGACACAUGAUUUUUAUAUUUUCAAUUUUUCUUAUAGGAUGGAGUCCAAUCUAUUUAGUUAAUGUUAUCAACCAAUUUAUUACUGUUUCUACAAUUCCUAAUGGAAGUUCGAUAUUAUUAUGUGAAGUAGCUUUAAUAAGUCUUAUCAUAAAUUUAUUCAUGUGUAAUCAUCAACUAAGACAAUAUUUAUCAAACAAAAUUCGACUUUGUUUUAUACAUGAAUAA